UCACCAUUGACAUUUGCUGCAAUUUUCGUAAUAUUAUACUUUGAAGUCUAAAUUAAUUUGUAUUGGCCCUUGCGUGCAAAAUGCACAUUGAUCACCACGAUGUCAUCGACUACGAGCGUAUGUUUGCUUCGCAAUGCAUUUAAACACAAAAACUUCAAGCUACCAGAACCACAUCAUGUAACUAAACACAAAAACUAUUCGACAACAUGUCCGAUGAAACCGCACUUCAUGGGAGUUGACUGUAAAGUCGCUCUCAUAACUGGUGGAUCCGAAGGGAUGGGUUUUAGUAUAGCUAAUCACCUUCUCAAAGAAGGUGCCAGAGCUGUGGCCAUCACCGGAUUGAACCUGUGUAAUGGAAAAGAAGCAGUUACAUGUUUAAAUAAUGCCUACGGUCGUAAUCGUGCCAUGUUUAUCAAUGCCAACGUCAACUGCAUGGUCCAGUUGGAGGAAUCGUUCAAAGUAACACGGGAAGCAUAUGAUAACAUUGAUAUUGUGGUCAAUUGCGCAGCUGUGUGUUUUGGUACCAAAUGGGAGGAAGAAAUCGUCACCAAUUUAGUUGGUACCAUUAGAACAACUCUACUAGGGUUUAAAUACAUUGGUACCGAAGGCUGUGGUAAAGGAGGUGUUGUCGUCAACAUGUCUGGAACUGGGGGACUCUUGCCAAUGGCGCCAGUUCCCACUUUGAGUUGUUGUUAUCACGGUAUCGUAGGUCUGACGAGAAGCUUCGGGGAUGAUAUACACUACAAAGCGUCUAAGACGAGAGUGCUAUGUUUAUGUCCUGGAAUUACUUCCACAAAUUUUCUAAAGAAACAGAACCCUGCGAUGACUCACGAUCUAGAUAAAGAGUUGGAGAAGUACCUAAAGGAUGAGAAGCGACAGAAUCCAGACGUCGCCGGUCUGGCCGCCAUUCACCUUAUCAAACAUGGCCCCAAUGGGAGCGUGUGGGUGCUUGAGGGCUCCCGAUUAUUCAUGACAGAGAUUCCUCACUGGGAUCAGUAUUCGAAGCUUGAGGCACAAUACAUGUGAUUUAAAUUCAUACAAUGUAAAUAAUCCAGCAACGCGCUUUCAAAUAUAUUUUUGCAAUUUAAACAA